AUGAAAAUACAUUCAGACCAUCAUGAAGAUUGCAUUAGAUUCUCAGAAAUACCUCAUUUGAUAAAUUAAUAUAUUUUAGCGUAGGGUAAAAUAAUACAAUAAUCAAAUGAAAUCUACAUUCAAAUAAAAAACCAGAUUGAAUCAAAUAUUAAAAAAAUGAAUGACAAUAUUUAUAUUUUAAAGGAUUUAAGUAAUUAUUAUCAGCUUAAGAAUAAUUAAAAUUCAAAUCAUCAAUUAAUUUGA